GUAAAAUCCAUAGACAUUUCUUUAAUAGAAUACCACAAGAACAUUUAGUAACACCAAAAAUAUAAAUAAAUAACGCCAACAACAAUAACAACAAAGAGAAUAAAACAAAAGCAAAAAAUAAAACAAAAAGACAAUGGACCAUUUUGAGGCUGCAUCUCAGGAUGACUUUACGUUUCUAGAAUAUUCAGCCGACACCCAAACCUCUCAAUACGACUACAAUGAUUUCACUCAGCAGACCAAGACAGAUCGCCACGAUCCCGAACCUGAUCUCUCUCUCGCUGCCCUGUCCCUUGGAAACCUGACUCAGACAGACGAAAGCGAAAAUGCAAAGGCCAACGGAACGGCCUCAUUCGUAAACGAAUUCCAGUUUGAAGACACGGACGACUUUGAUGCCUUUGGAGAAGGCUUGGGUCCCCUUGAAGAAAAAGACCUACCAAGUCAUGCUUGCAAUUACUGCGGUAUUCACGCACCUGCAUCCGUUGUAAAAUGCGUGACAUGUGACCGCUGGUUCUGUAAUGCUAGAGGCCACACUUCUGGAUCGCACAUCAUCAACCAUCUAGUACGUGCCAAGCACAAGGAGGUUAUGCUCCACCCCGAAUCACCCUUGGGAGAAACAGUCCUAGAGUGCUACAAUUGUGGAUGCAGAAACGUUUUCUUGCUUGGCUUUAUCCCUGCCAAGAGCGAUACCGUUGUUGUUCUUCUCUGCAGACAACCUUGUGCAGCCGUGCCUUCUUCAAAAGACAUGAAUUGGGACACAACUCAAUGGAUGCCCCUGAUUGGUGAUCGUUGCUUCCUCACUUGGUUGGUCAAGAUACCUUCUGAACAGGAACAACUCCGUGCUCGCCAAAUCACCUCCCAACAGAUCAACAAACUAGAAGAGUUAUGGAAAGAGAACAGCGAAGCAACCCUAGAGGAUUUGGAGAAACCAGGUGUCGAUGAUGAACCUCAUCCUAUUUUAUUAAGAUAUGAAGAUGCUUACCAAUAUCAAAAUAUCUGUGGACCACUUGUAAAAAUGGAAGCUGAUUAUGACAGAAAAUUAAAGGAAUCUCAGACUUGUGAUGAUAUUGUAGUAAGAUGGGAUGUGGGUCUCAAUCAAAAGAAUAUCGCAUGGUUCUAUUUCCCCAAACUCGAGAUGGGAGAAGUCAAACUUGCAGUUGGAGAUGAACUUCGUCUUCGUUACCGCGGUGAAUUGCACGAACCAUGGGAAGGAGUUGGUCACGUCAUCAAGAUUCCCAACAAUGUCAGCGAUGAAGUUGCUCUUGAAUUACGCCUGCUCGAUCGCGCACCUGUCGAAUGCACCCACAACUUUUCGGUAGACUUUGUCUGGAAAUCAACCAGUUUCGAUCGCAUGCAGCUUGCCAUGCGUACCUUUGCCGUAGACGAGACUAGUGUCAGUGGUUACAUUUACCACAGACUUCUUGGACACGAUGUCGAGCCACAGGUGCUCAAGACUCAGAUGCCCAAGCGAUUCUCUGCACCAAACCUGCCCGAACUCAACCACUCUCAGGUCUAUGCUGUCAAAUCAGUCCUCCAACGCCCUCUUAACCUCAUCCAAGGCCCUCCUGGAACCGGAAAGACCGUCACAUCGGCCUCGAUUGUCUACCACCUCGCCAAGAUGAAUCCUGGCCAGGUCCUGGUUUGUGCACCCUCCAACGUAGCCGUCGACCAGCUGUCCGAAAAAAUCCAUCAGACCGGUCUCAAGGUCGUCAGAGUGACUGCAAAAUCCCGCGAAGAACUUGAUUCGCCUGUGUCUUUCUUGACCCUCCACGAACAAGUAUUGAACAACGACACAAAUGUCGAAUUGCAAAAGUUGAUCAUGUUAAAGCGUGAGCAAGGAGAAUUGAGUGCGUCUGAUGAAAAGAAGUACAAGUCUCUCAAGCGCGCAUGCGAAAAGGAAAUUUUACAGAACGCUGAUGUUAUUUGCUGUACUUCAGUUGGUGCCGGUGACCCUCGUGUAUCCAAAUUGAGAUUCAGAACUGUGCUUAUCGAUGAGGCGACUCAGGCAUCAGAGCCAGAGUGUAUGAUUCCGCUUGUGUUGGGCUGUAAACAGGUUGUGUUGGUUGGUGAUCAUCAGCAAUUGGGUCCGGUCAUCAUGAACAAAAAGGCUGCCCGUGCUGGUCUGUGCCAGUCUUUGUUCGAGCGUCUGGUUAUCCUCGGCAUCCGUCCUAUCCGUCUUCAGGUCCAAUACCGUAUGCACCCCUGUCUAUCAGAAUUCCCGAGCAACAUGUUUUAUGAGGGUACUUUACAGAACGGCAUUACCACACAAGAACGUCUGCGAAAGAAUGUCGACUUCCCUUGGCCUGUUCCAGAGACACCCAUGAUGUUCUACGUCAAUCUAGGCAACGAAGAAAUCUCGACAUCCGGAACCUCUUAUCUCAACCGUACCGAGGCCUCAAACUGCGAAAAGAUCGUGACGAGGUUUAUGAAAGCAGGUAUCCUUCCUUCUCAGAUCGGUGUCGUGACUCCUUAUGAAGGCCAGAGAUCGUACAUUGUUCAGUACAUGCAGUUCAACGGUUCGCUCCGUAAGGAUCUCUACAAGGAGAUCGAAGUUGCCAGUGUGGAUGCAUUCCAGGGUCGUGAAAAGGACUACAUUAUCUUGAGUUGUGUGCGCAGCAAUGAGCACCAGGGCAUUGGCUUUUUGAGUGAUCCUCGUAGAUUGAAUGUAGCCUUGACUCGUGCCAAAUACGGUGUUGUGAUUCUCGGCAAUCCAAAGGUUCUAAGCAAACAUCCUUUGUGGCAUCACCUGCUGGUCCACUACAAGGAAAAGGGCUGUUUGGUAGACGGUGCACUGAACAACUUGCGAGUGUCGAUGAUCCAGUUCAGCCGGCCUCGUAAGGCUUACCGCAAAGACGAUAAGUUUAGUCAAGGAUUGGCUCAUCAGAUUGAUGCCAGAGAAGCUUUUUCGCGUCCUCCCUUGGCAAGCGAGAACCGCCGUGGUGGUAAUGGUGGAGGUUAUGACCAGGACUUUAUGCAGACACAUGGACCUGUGGGUUACAUUCCAUCAGAUCUUGGCUCUUUCCCUUCUUCGCAAUUCAACAUUCCAUUCAUCCCGUCUGCAAGUGGACCAUUUACACAGGAUCUUUCUCAAUCGAGUGUGUUUAACCGUAAGAACAUGCGCCAGAACACAAUAACCGAGAGCCAGACAUCUCGCUAUAUUCCUGGUUCGUCGACCUUUGCAACCCAUUCGUUUGGAUGGCAGAUGGGAGGACCCGGGGGAUCCGGAGGUAGUGGGUCUGGUAGUGGUAGUGGUGCUGCUGCUGCUGGUAGUGCAAAUGGAGCAGGAGGAGCUGCAUCUCAAAAUCUUUACAGUAGCCAGGCAUCGAUUGGGCUUGCGUUGUCUCAGAGUGAUCGUUUGCGUAUGAUGACUGACAUGGCCAGUCAGACAAAUACUCAACCUCAGGGUAUGAUGACUCAAGACAGUAUGAGCUAUGGUUUUGAUGAUUACAAGUCUCAAGAUGUGUCUUCCAUGAUGAGUCAAGACUUUGAUUUGAGAAGCCAGGCAAGCCAGGCAUACACCCAGUAUUAAAGAAAAGAGAGGCAGCAAAGAAACAAAGAAGGAAGGAAUGAAAGAAAGAAUGAAAGAAAGAAAGAAAGAAAGGGAAGACAAGACAAGACACGAGAAGAAAUGAAAAGGAUAAGAAAGGAAAUAGAGGUUGCCAACCCG